CUUUCUUUCUUCUGUUAAAAUAAAAUAAAAUGAACAUUGAGAGGGUUUUACAUACAAUGACAAUGAAUGGAAAUUAUUCCUUUAAAUUCGGAAUGCGCGGUCCAUUAGGUGGCGCUACGAUCCGAUUCCUAUAAAUAAACAGAAGAAGAGCUCUUUAUAUAUAACGUUAUAUAUAUAUUUAGCGAGGGUAGCGAUGAUUGACAGUUAAAUGGGCGGGGUCAGUUAGCUGCAUGUGCUUUCACAGCACGUUUGACGUUUUCCCUGCCAUAGGGACUUUUGUGACAGCGAGGAUGAUGAGUCUCUGACACAUCCGCUUCGAGGAUCAUCCCUACGCUCAAUCUGUAGCUCACCAUACUUGUCAGUGUAAUGGCAUUAAGGUGAAACAUCUGACCCUUCCCCUUGCUGAUGCAGUAGAUAUAUAUAAUACUUUAGUAUCUCACAUAUGCAUCUGUUAUAAUAACACUAGUAUUUACAGAACUUAAUAUAUAAAACAUGUGGGACAUGUGGGACUCAGUGGAUCUGUGAUUAUGAUGGUAGUUCAUAACUUAUGUUUCUUCAAGAUACAUACACAAAUAUAUAGUCACAUAUAUGCUGGCAUAUAGUGAGAAAUGCUGCAGUUGAGCACAGUUACAGACUGUCUGCUAAUCAGUAAUGCCCGGUCAGCCUGUAACAAUGAUCUCCUCCAGAAGGAGGCGGUCACUUUCUGUAUCAAUGUGUCAAAGCAGCAACCCUUUCCCUCAAUGCGGGUCAGCACAUUGCGUGUACCUGUUUAUGAUGACCCUAAUGAAGACCUGUACAAGCAUUUUGAUCGCUGUGCUGAUGCCAUAGCAAGCGAGGCAGCAAGGGGAGGCCGCACCAUUGUGUACUGUAAGAAUGGACGCAGUCGUUCAGCUACUGUCUGUGUGGCUUAUUUAAUGAAGCACCAGGGUCUCACCCUAACAGACGCCUUUCAGGUAGUAAAACGAGCCCGAUCAGUUGUUGAGCCCAACCCAGGAUUUUGGACUCAGCUGGAGCGGUAUGAACAAGAGCUGAAGAUCAGGAGGUCAGCCAGCCGCAGAUCCAACCCUUCUCCUCCUUAACUUUAUACCAACAUUUUCUGACACUACAUUCUCAACCUUCUGAGCUAGACCUGUUAAUAUAAUGCUUGAUAAUAGCUAAGGCCUUAGACCCUUCACUGUUCAAGCUUACUGCAAAUGAUCAAUCUCUUUAAGUAAGGAUAUGUGCCUUAAAUUAUUAUGCUCAGGUUAUGACAUUUAUUUGCAUUUUUAAAUUUGAAAUGUAAUCAAUUUUUUAAUUGAAUUAUUAUCCUUAGGUUCAUAUCCCUUGCUUGCAGUAUGAGCAGGCUAUCAGUUUAUUGCCUGUAAAUGAUGCUCCAGCCUUAUUGUUUUAUUGAUGUUUUUACUAGAUUUUUUUUUUAUUUGGCUAACAUAUAUAUGUUUAUAAAUUAUAGAUUAUAUAAGAAAUAUAAUCAUCAUAGGUACCACCCUACAUUUUGGCCAACAGAUUGAUUGUUUGAAGAAAGUAAUUUUAUGCCCAGUUUCACAGACAAGGCUUAAGCCUAUUCCCAGACUAAAAUGCAUGAUUGAGCAGUCUUAACUGAAAGCAACUUGCACUGACAUAUCUUAAAAUAUGUCAGUGCCAUUGUUGUGUCUCAAGAUGUACACCAGUAAUGUUUCUUUAAGGUACAUUUAUAAAAUCUACUUAAAUGUCCUAAUUUAACUGAAGCCUAGUCCUGGCUUGGUAUAAGCCCUGUCUGUGAAACAAGGCCUUAGGUUAUUAAGGCUAGAUUAAGGCCCUUUGGAAGGCCUUUUUCUGUCUUUUCUGCCACAAGCGUCCCUUUAACAAACCUAGAAAACCUCCAAAUUGCUAGAAACACUACAAUUGUACAUUAUCCUGCUAACUGUUAUCGCAGUAGGAUUUUAUUUAUUUUCCAUAGAAAAGUAAAGACAAAUGCUUAAAUAAUGUUUUUAUAUAAUUGUGUGUGCUUUUCAGACCAACACAACCAAAAAACGAAAGUAGUUCUUUCACCUCACCCCUCAGAGACAAGUACUUAGAGGUCUGUUCAUUUAAAAAUGUUAUUUGUCUUUAUUGUCAGCUGCCUUUUUCUAUGCCAUAUCGCUUUACCCGCUAUGAUUUUGUUUUGAAUAGGAAUAGGGUAUGUUCACAUGACAACAAUGUACUAAAAUCUGCAAAGUUUUUCCUUUGCAUUUUUGAAAAGUUACAUGUACAGACAACAACGUUGUCAAAACGAUCCCCGUUCAUGCGUAUCUGUGAAAACUAUUAAAAACGCUGUAUUAGCCCGAAAAAAGUGUAACGCCUGCUAACGCUGUGGUAUGCAGGGAAGGAGACCAGAGGCUGUUUCUUUUGAACUAGAUGUCAAAGGAGGAAAGACUUCACUUUGCUGAAUAAACCGCUUCUGUGAGGAAAUAGCUUAUCAUUUAAUGAAUCGACGAUUUUUGCUCUUAAACAUUCAUUUUGGAUUGAUCUAUUUUUAGUUCACACCUGAAAAAAAUGCUGUUUUAUAAGAGAAGUCACAGACAAUUGUCUGACAGGUAUUAUUCAGUUUAUAGAACUUGUCAUUCAUUUCUAUGGUAUCCGCAAACAGUGACUGAUUGUUGCACAACUCUAAACGAAAUGACGUCAAGGCUUUAAUGUGAUUGGUUGUCAAGGCACACAUGAUCCAAGUUAGCCGCUUUUUCCAAUAGAGCGGUGGAACUAUGAUGUCACUUUGUUAGCCAAUCAGCAGUUAGCAAUUAGCAUCACACUGGUUCACUUGAAAAAAACCCAAUAGGAUUUUCCCAUAGACUUUUGGAUUAUUAUAUAAGUUCUAUGAUCAACAAAACUUUAUGAUACUUGCACGUUUUUUCCAUCAAGAUAAUUUUCACAGAUGAACACAACUUUUAUGAAUUUGAAAACCUAAAUGCAGUUGCCAGAAGCAAAAAGCUAAAGGUAGGCAAUGAGCGAACUACACCACGGUCGCACAAGUUCAGCGUCACCACCACUAAGCUUCCGACAACUCUUUCAGUCUUUAUCUAAAGACAUUUUCCCUGAAAGUUUGAAUUAGAAUAGUUUGUGAGAGCGCAGUUAUAAGCAUAAUGAGGCUGUAAAAGCGGACUGAGCUUACCUGUUCAGCAUGAUGACAUUUAAUGUCGCCGACAGCCUUUGUAGUCCGAUUUAGCCACAACCGUCAUUUUCAAGACAUGUAACAGCUUAAAAAAAUCACAGGUAGGUUAAUACUGAUGUAUUUUAGGUUGUAGAAUAAAACCACGGACCUUAUUUCAGCCAUUUAACCAAAAACCCAUUCAAAAAACCCAUUGACUUUUGACGAUGGAACCGGAAGUGCUAAAAUGCUAACUCGCUCCCGGGUUUUGGCCUACAAAAAUGCGUCAUAGUUCCACCACACUCCAUGAACCCUCGUAUCUCCCAAUAAUAACACCAUCUCUGACACGUAAUACAGAUGCGCAUGAUGACCGUUUUCACAAAUUUGUGUUUCUGUAGUUUACACGGAGAUGAUAAUUUUCAAAAGCUUGCACUUUGAAACCUGUUUUUAAAAGUUUGCAUUUCAGGCCCCCAUAAUGCCAUUGCCAUGUAAAUAAAUGGCCAAAACGCAUACAUUUUUUUCAGUUUUUACUUGUAAACGGUGUUGUGUAAAUGGCCCCUCAGUAUCUGUAAUUGUCUAUCCUCAGGAAUGUCCCCAGUGCACGUUGUUUUCUGGGGCGAUUGUAUGCUUUGCUGUAUUUCACUGAUGUCAAGUGAAAAACUAACAAAAAAUUCCUAAUGUUCAUCUUUUCAAAUUUCUUAAAUCAAUUAACAAAUAUACUGUUGUAUUGUAUUUUAGAAUGUCUCAAAUAACACUAUAUAUUAAUCCCUAUCAUAUAAUACAGUAUAUUUAUUACUCUUUUGUGUUACCCAAUAAAUGAAAUAAAUUAUGAGACUAUACAAGUGUGUGUUCAUUUUAUAUCCUCAUUAAAACACAAAAUGUGUAACAUUUGUCUACUUGAACUCCUUAUUUACUAAAUGACAGCCUGAUUUCCUUAAACAUGCAGAUAACAGGGAAAUAAGACCGGCUUUCAUUUAUGUGUUUAUUAAAUGUCAAUCUCUAUAUCUGAAGAACUAUAGGGAGUACAUUGUUUUUUUCUGAUUUAUAUUUUCUUUGAUAGGCAGAACGGGGUAAAAAAUAAGGGGUCUAAACUUUAUCCCACCCUUGACGAACACUAUUUAUCCAAUCCAAAUAGCUGGACACUUUAGUGUAGAUGCCAAGUUUGUCUCUCUG